AUGUUGGAGAAGAAGAGAUGGAUUCUUGGCUUGCCAAUGUACAGCUACAGUUCUGUGGGUCACUUGGUUGUGGUUGCAGAACAGCACACACACAUAUAUAGAGAAGUAGCUGAAAGAGGUUUGGCUUAUCAGUAUGGGGAAGAAAGAGCAGGCCGCUAUUGCUUGGAAGCAGCAUGGGAAUGGAGAUCGCCGCGAUCGGGCGAUUGGUUUUCCUCGCUCGCCAUCUCCUCCCUCCCCAAAAUCGUCUCCCGGGACCCUUAUCAGAAUCCCAUCGGUUCGUCGGAAUCGACUCCGCGGGCUCACCCUCUGUCAUGGAUAGUUUUGAACAUCGACGCCAAGCCGUACACCGACCUCGCUACCGGCAACGCUGAUCCUGACUUUUCCCGUGCUUUCAGAAGUCCUAUCAACAUGUUUGGUAUGCAUGUGGAGGAGUGGCAAGGAAUGUCUUCUGAGUGUAUGUCAAAACUUGGAACUAGACAUUUCAUGAUCUGUGAUUUGUUUUUUUUGCAACAUUUAUAUGGUGCCUUUAUUUAUGACGAUAAUUUUUUCUGUCUAAAUAAAAGAGAGAUGCUGCUAUGGUACUGGAAAUCUGUUGGACUUUUACAUGGUGCCUUUAUUUAUGGCGAUAACUUUUUUUCUGUCUAAAUAAAAGAGAGAUGCUGCUAUGGUGCUGGAAAUCUGUUGGACUCUCUAUGGCGAUAACUUUUAGAUGCAUUUCCAAAUAAACACUGCAGCUUUUUAUUAUUUUUAUAUUCUUGAUCAGCCUCAUAGUCAUAUUCAUAUUGCUGAAGUGUCACAUUUAUUUUUUUUAUAUUCUU